AUGGAGACUGACAGCUACACCUCAGGCCCAGGCACCACUGAGUGGGUUGGGACGCUGGCCGGCCUGGAGGGAAUGGGAGUCCUUCAGGAGCAGGGAGGAGGGGGCUUGUCCAGCACCGCCUCAUCCUGGUACAUGCCAUACUCUCUGGGCUUCCAGGUAUCGCUCACAGCCUUUCUUAUGCUGGAGCUGGUGUUGGGUUUCAGCAGCAACCUGACGGUGCUGGUGCUCUACUGCUCUCAAUCCAAUUUAGUGGACUCAGUGAGCAACAUGGUGACGGUCAAUCUGCAUGUGCUGGAUGUGGUGGUGUGUGUGCUGUGCCUGCCCCUCACUCUGGUGGUCGUGCUGCUGCCUCCAGGGCCAAACCUGGCCCUGCUCUGCUGCUUUCACGAAGCCUGUGUCACCUUUGCCAGCAUUGCCACAGCCAUCAACAUCCUGGUUAUAAGCUUGGACCGAUAUGACAUUUCCGUACGGCCGGCCAACAGGCUGCUGACAGCACGCAGAGCAGCGAUGCUCCUGACUGCUGUUUGGGUCACCUCAGUGGCUGUAUUUUUUAUCCCAUUCUUGGAAGUGCAGUGGUCCAGUGGAGAGGGAUCAGAGGAGAAAGGGCAGGUGGCACCCUUGUCUUUGUCCUCACAUGGCAUCAGUGCCACAGUGGUGCCAGCAUGGCGUAACUGGACACUGCUGUGUGUUGGCGGGCAGGGCUAUCACACAGGCCUGGGUAUGUAUUACCAUCUUAUCCUGCAGGUCCCCAUAUUCUUCACCACUGUGGCAGUCAUGCUGUUCACCUACUCCAGAAUACUGAGGGCCUUAAACAUCCGUAUUGGCUCCCACAUGAAGAAGAGCCAGCGGUUCAGGGGCCCCUCCUGCAGCGGGCACCACAAGAGACAGAAAAAAAAGAAAGAAGGGCUCAGAGUGAUCGAUGGUGGGGAGGCAGGAGGGGAGCAAUGUACCACAGAUGGCACCAAACAGCUAAGCCACCCUCCCCUCAUUCCUUCCCCCUCCCCUACCCCCACAGCUACCUCCCCCCCUGCCCUGUCCUCGUCUGCCCCACUGGUCACCUCUGACACAGCAGCGGCGACCCCCAUGCCAGCCACCAUGGGUGUUCAGGCCUCCGUGUCAGCCAUCAUUGCCUUGCGCAGGGCAGUGCGGCGACAUAGGGAUCGUCGAGAGCGCCAGAGACGAGUGUUCAGGAUGUCCCUCAUCAUCAUCACCACCUUCCUGGGUUGCUGGGCUCCCCUGUCUGUGACCAACGUGCUAAUCCUUGGCAUUGGCCCCAGCGAUGCUCUGAUCAGCCUGCGCCUCUGGUUCCUGGCCCUAGCUUAUGGCACCACCGUCUCCCACCCUCUGCUAUAUGCUUUCACCCGACAGAAGCUGCGCCGUGCCCUCCGUGCCAAGGUUAAAAAGAGGGUGGUGUCCCUGCUGCAAGUAGACCCUUCACCAGGGGGCACUGUCAUACACAACUCCUGGGUGGAAAACAGAAAAACCAGCCGGCAGGUGCGGCUGGAGGCAAGCGAAGGUACUGACCGUUGCCUGGCAGAGGCCCUGUGAGACUGAUAUUACUUACUCACUGUAAGUUGUUUCAUUAGGAAACUCACUGGUGCGUGAAGCCGGUGUGAGAAAUGUGAAAAACACACAUCCACCUCUGGGAGAUGUUUUAAUGUAACCACCAGCAGUGAGCCCAUACUAAACAAAGCUAACUUUCGCCUCAGGCAGCAGUGGAAGCAGGAUGCUGUCAUCACUGUAGUGCACACUGCCUUUGCAGCUGAACAAAAUCAUACAACAACAAACACAGUGUAUAUAAUUUGCACUUUGUCAAAUACUGAAGUCUGUUUACAUAUGGAGUUGUAAGAUAGAGCGUUCUCA